GUGUGAAUUCAAAACAAUCCAUCAACGAUCGGCCCGCAGACCGGAUAGGUACAUCGUGCGUCCAGCACUUAAAAACCCUACCGUGGCUCCACAGCGGUAUUAGUACGCGAUUAGCCACCGGCAGAAGCAAACACACGUUCUGAAGUGAAGUGCGGGAAUCAAAUCGAGUGAAAAUGGUGAUUGUUCGGUUCUUUAGUGCGGUUGACGAUGAACAGCGGCAAAGGAUUCUGCACAGAUUCCAGAAGGUCAAUGCGCACGUAAUCAGUCUACGAGUGGAGAAGUGUUAUCACGUACAGAACUCCAAAUACAGUGAGUUCCCCCGCGACGUUGAGAAGCUGUUGCGCUGGAUUCUGAAGGGACCACAACAGGAGGACAACCUGUCGGCGGUUUCCACGCUCGCCAAAGCGAAGGAAAACGAAGAGCUGGUUGAAAUCGGCCCGAGAUUCAACUUUUCCACUGCCGAUUCGACCAACAGUGUGAGCAUUUGCCACAAUGUUGGGCUGCAGUUCAUCGAUCGCAUCGAGACAUCCUUGCGGUACCUGAUCGGGUUCGAUUCGAGCCGUUUUUCCGAGAAGGACUUGGUACCUCUGAUGGAUGUGAUUUGCGAUCGCAUGACCCAGUGCAGGUACACCAAAGCCAACAUCCCGCAGAAGGAUUUCUACGAGAACUUUGCGCUGUCGGACGAAAAGUGGUACACGGUACCGGUCAUUGAACGCGGCGUGGAGGCACUGAAGGAAGUGGAUAAAAAGUUAGGUCUCGCCUUCGAUGACUGGGACUUGCAGUACUAUACCAAUCUGUUCCGGAAUGUGCUGAAAAGAAACCCCACCAAUGUGGAACUAUUUGACUGUGCCCAGUGCAACAGCGAACACUCUCGCCACUGGUUUUUCAAAGGUCGGAUGAUUGUCGACGGAGUUGAAGAGGAAAAAUCGCUGAUCGAUAUGAUCAUCGAUACGCAAAAGUUUUCCAAUCCGAACAAUACGGUGAAGUUUAGCGACAACAGCAGCGCCAUCAAAGGAUUUUCACAUCAAAUUCUGACUGCAAGCACCCACGCUGUACCAGGCCCGUUGGAAGUGAAGCCCAUCAAUUCGGACCUGAUAUUCACGGCCGAAACCCACAACAUGCCAACGGCGCUCUCGCCGUUUAGUGGGGCAACAACGGGCACUGGAGGCCGAAUUCGCGAUGUUCAAAGCAUAGGCCGUGGGGGACUGCCGAUCUGCGGAACAGUCGGCUACUGCGUGGGAAUGUUGAACAUUCCUGGCUAUGAACUGCCCUAUGAGAAACAACUGGAGUAUCCUCCUUCGUUUUCAAAGCCGUUGAAGAUUCUGAUAGACGCCAGUAACGGAGCGUCGGACUACGGAAACAAGUUUGGAGAACCUGUUGUAUCGGGUUUUACCAUAUCUUUCGGAAUGGUAACCGAUGACAAGGAACGGUUGGAGUACGUGAAGCCAAUCCUGUUCAGCGGUGGAAUCGGAACGAUGAACUCGAAGCAAAUCAACAAGUUGGAUCCUGAGCCAGGAAUGAUUCUGACGAAGCUCGGUGGCCCGGUUUACCGCAUCGGAGUCGGUGGUGGCGCCGCCAGCUCGGUGGAAAUCCAAGGCGACAACGACAGCGAGUUGGACUUCAAUGCCGUGCAGCGUGGUGAUGCCGAAAUGGAGAACAAGCUGAAUCGGGUGGUACGUGCUUGCAUCGAAAUGGGCGAUAAGAACCCGAUCCUCGCGAUCCACGACCAAGGUGCCGGCGGAAAUGGGAACGUUUUGAAGGAGCUGGUUGAGCCGGGAUGUGCGGGUGCGGUAAUUUUCUCCAAGGAGUUCACGCUGGGAGAUCCUACGAUCACGAUCAUGGAACUUUGGGGCGCUGAGUAUCAGGAAAAUAACGCCGUGUUGAUCGCUCCGGAGCAUAGGCAGUUGCUGUUGGAGAUUUGCGAACGUGAGAGGUGUCCGGUGAGCUUUGUCGGAUAUGUCACGGGAAAUGGUUAUGUGACGCUCGUUGACGAAAAGUUUGACUCCAGCAAAUACUCCAAGAGAGAUAACCCUAAAAACUUUGCUAAUUUACCAUUCGAAAUGCACUUGGAUAACGUUUUGGGUAAAAUGCCACGAAAGGAGUUCAAAUUGCAGCGAAAGCCCAUGAAACUUAAUGAAUUCGAUUUAAGUAACAUCAAUCUAAUGGAAGCGUUGAACAGAGUAUUGUCUAGCAUCACCGUAGGAAGCAAGCGUUACCUGACGAACAAGGUAGAUCGAUGUGUUACCGGUUUGAUUGCACAGCAGCAGUGCGUCGGGCCGCUUCACACGCCUCUGGCGGACUAUUCGAUCUCUGCCGUGUCCCAUUUCGGAUUCGAGGGAAUUGCUUCGUCGAUUGGAACUCAACCCAUCAAAGGUCUUUUGAACAGCGCAGCCGGUGCUCGUAUGUCCGUGGCUGAGGCCGUAUCGAAUUUGGUGUUCGCUGGAAUUACACAACUAGCGGAUGUCAAAUGCUCCGGAAAUUGGAUGUGGGCUGCAAAGCUGAACGGCGAAGGCGCCAAAUUGGUGGAUGCCUGUAGAGCUAUGUGUGACUUUAUGGGAAAAUUGCAUAUCGCGGUUGACGGUGGCAAGGACUCUCUUUCAAUGGCUGCACGUGUGAAUACCGAAACAGUUAAGAGCCCCGGUACCCUGGUUAUCUCCACGUACGCACCAUGUCCAGAUAUUCGGGUGAAGGUCACUCCAGAUCUGAAGGCAGCGUCAAUGGGCUUAGAAACUACAUUGCUCUAUGUAUCCAUUGAAACCAAAUUCAGACUUGGGGGUUCCGUGUUUGCUCAGUGCUAUGGACAACUGGGCAUGCAUUCACCGGAUGUGCAACAAACCGAUGUUCUGCUGCAAGCGUUCAACACCACCCAAAAACUCCUGAAAGCGGGAGCACUUCUGUCAGGUCAUGAUGUCAGCGACGGCGGUUUGCUAACAUGCGUUCUGGAGAUGGCUUUUGCUGGACUAACAGGCGUCAAACUGGAUCUGACCGAACUGUACAAGAAAUUCGGCAAACAGUUCGAAUCACUCGACGAAGCUGCCAAGCAUGUAUGUUUCGCUGAAGAAUGCGGUUGGGUUCUUGAGGUAGAACCCAAACACGUUGCCAAUGUCCUGGACGCCUAUCGAUUGGCAGGAGUCCCCUGUAUGGCCAUUGGCCAUGCGUACAAAACUGACGUCCAUCAGAACGCUUCGGCCUCGGUUACCAUGAACGGAUCUCAAAUCGUGAAAGCAAGCGUCAUCAGUCUGUUCAAACAGUGGGAAAGAACUAGCUUCGAGAUCGAAAAGCUCCAAGCCGACGAAAAGUGUGCCGUGCAGGAAUUUGAAACCUACGACUACAGGACCGGACCUACGUACAGCUGCAGCAUCAAUCCCGAUGUGCUGUAUGCUUCCAAGGCGUUUGGUACGAAGCCGAGAGUGGCUGUGAUUCGCGAAGAAGGCACCAACGGGGAUCGCGAGAUGUGCGCUGCUCUCUACGAGGCUAACUUCGAAGUGCAUGACGUCACUAUGAGCGAUUUGCUGACCCGGAAGACUUGUUUGGAUAACUACCGGGGUGUUGUUUUCCCAGGUGGCUUCAGUUACGCCGACACGCUGGGCUCUGCCAAGGGCUGGGCCGCGUGUAUCCUGUACAGCGAUGUGCUUUCGCCACAGUUCAAGCAUUUCAAGGCACGUACCGAUACGUUCUCGCUGGGUGUCUGCAAUGGCUGCCAACUGAUGGGACUGAUCGGUUGGGUAUCCACCGAGGACCAAUCCAGCAGCACAGACGUUCCCGAUGUGGCCCUACUGCCGAACAAAUCGAACCGAUUCGAAUGCCGCUGGAGUACGCUGAAAAUUGGCGAAAACAACUCCAUUAUGUUGCGCAAGCUGAAGGGCAGCGUUCUCGGCUGUUGGGUGGCUCACGGCGAAGGACGUUUCUCGUUCAAAUCGAAGCCUGUGCUGGAUAAACUGAAGAAGAACAACUGCAUUGCCAUGCAGUACGUGAACGAUCAGGGUGAGGCCACCGAAGUGUAUCCGAUGAAUCCCAAUGGCAGCGUUGAAGGGAUUGCUGGAGUUUGUUCGCUUGAUGGGCGUCAUUUGGCCGUUAUGCCACAUCCCGAACGUUGCGCAAAAAUGUGGCAGUGGCCAUAUGUUUCGAAAGGAUUUGAUUUCCAGACUUCUCCAUGGCAUUCCAUGUUUGCUGAAGCUUACAAUUGGUGCGUUGAAAAGUAAAUCUUAUUUUGUAAGUUGAGCAUUAUGUGAACAAAAUAAAAGCUAUGAAUAAACCUUACUACAUAUUUACAUA